AUGGGUAGCAGUCUUCAAAAAUUAGCAAAUUAUCUUGAUGAUGUGCAUAAAGAAAGCACUAAAAAAUACCAACCAGAUCCCAUCAAAUUCAAUCUUCUGUGCAGAAAGGGAGUAUUCCCCUAUGAAUAUAUUGAUGAUUGGAGUAAAUUGGAUGAAACGAAAUUACCAGAGAAAGAAGCGUUUUAUUCAAAACUGAUGGAUGAGCAUGUAUCCGAUGAAGAUUAUCAGCAUGCUCUGAGUGUGUGGAGACAAUUUGAUAUUAAAACAUUGGGGGAGUAUUCAGAUCUUUAUCUACAGACUGAUGUCUUAUUGCUAGCUGACAUUUUCGAAAAUUUCCGUCACAAUUGCCUCUCUACAUAUGAGUUGGACCCUUUGCAUUAUUAUACAGCACCUGGUUUAGCCUUCGAUGCUAUGUUGAAGCAUACAAAGGUGAGUUUGGAGCUUCUUACAGAUACAGAAAUGAUUUUAUUCAUUGAAAAAGGUAUCAGAGGUGGGGUAUCUCAGUGUGCAAAUAGAUAUGCUCAUGCUAAUAAUCCAUUUAUGGGGGAGAAACUCUAUGAUUCAUCUACAGAAACAUCAUAUUUAAUGUAUUAUGAUGUGAACAAUUUGUAUGGGGCUGCUAUGUGUAUGAGCCUGCCUCGUGAUUCAUUUGAGUGGAUUGAUCCUUCUUCUGUGGAUAUUCUGAAUAUUCCUGAUGACUCGCCAAUUGGAUACAUUCUUGAAGUUGAUUUGGAAUAUCCGAACGGACUACAUGAUUUGCAUAAGGAUUUCCCUCUCUGCCCAGAGCAUUUAAUCCCACCAGGAAGCAAACAUGCAAAAUUAGUGACAACACUUUUCCCGAAGGAGAACUAUAUGAUCUUCGAUGAUGAUAUGGUUAUCAUUGAAAUGAAUCGGACGUCAGUGUACUUCAAGAAACCCAUCUACGUUGGAUUUGCCAUCCUCGAUUUAUCGAAAACGGUUGUGUAUGACUUCCAUUACAACUAUGUCAAAACUCAAUUUGGGAGCACCGCGAAAUUGAUGUACACAUAUAUAGAUAGUUUAUUGUAUUUGUUCAAAGUACCCAAUAUCUAUGAGUGUGUUAAACGAGACAUACACAUGUUCGAUACCUCUGACUACAAAGAGGAUAAUGUUUAUGGAAUGCCGCUAGCAAACAAGAAAGUAUUGGGUCUUAUGAAGGAUGAGAAUAAUGGUAAAAUCAUGGUUGAAUUUGUGGGAUUGCGAGCGAAGACAUACACAUUCAGGAUGUUGGAUGACGAAAAAGCUAAGAAGAAAGCUAAGGGUGUUAAAGCUGCUACACUCAGGAAAAUCACUUUUAAUGACUAUAAGAACUGUCUCCUCAAUAAUGAGCAUGUUGUGAAAGAUCAAUAUUUGAUCCGGAGUAAGAAACAUGAGGUGCAUACAAUCCGUCAGAAGAAAUUAGCAUUGAGCUGGGAAGAUGAUAAGCGUAUGAUUUCUACGAACAUGAUAGAUACCUUACCUUGGGGGUAUACUAAACCAAGUGUAUAA